AUGGCCCAACAGUUGGAGUGCCAGUUGGCGCUCAUCAAGGAGCUGCAGCAGGAGAUGGCGGAAAUAAAAGCAGCCAACAUGGCCGGGAGGCAGCCGGUCCAUCAGCAGCAGCUAAUUCAUCAUAAUGCCCAUCAAGAACAACAGCAGCAACUACUGAACCAGCAGCGGCAGCAGCAGCAGCGGCAGCAGCAGCAGCAGCAACAACGGAAACAACAGCGACAGGAGCAGCAGCAACAGCAACGACAGCAACAGCAGCCAGAAGAAGAUGACGCUAAUUGCAAGAGAAAUAGGGAGGAUUCCAAUGCCAAAAACCGUAGUGAUUGUGACGGACCACACACGGCUAACUACAGAGGUUGCCCAGUCUGUGCUGGUAUUACGCAAAAAUCGCAACCGAAACAACGAAUUCAACGCGAUGAAACAAAUACCACUCAGGGUAGCCCAUCUGCGGUUGAAGGGUAUAAAAACAUACAUCAACAAGGCGUGAGCUUUGCUGGCGUUUUGAAAUCCGCACCUCAAAACCAAGACACACCCCAGCUGCUUGCAUUGACUCAAACGAGGAACCAGUUGAUGGUCUCAAUGAAGAAAAUGAUGCGUAAUCAGACUCAUAUCUUACAGAUCCUUCUUAAAAUGCUAGUAAAUAUAACAUAUUUUUCAAUUUCAAUUUCUGUGAAUUCGACACCAACCGAGGACGGGCUUGGGGACGAUAAUGUCCGCCAAGAGGACCAAGCUAGUGCUACCGGACGAAAUUUCGUCCGAAGAGGAGGGAGCCACGGGCCCUACAACGAUGAUGGAGGGGAACUCGAGCCUCCUCAUCCGAAUUGCGGAGCUGGAACACGAAAAGGCCGACAUGGCCCAGCAGCUGGAGUUCCAGUUGGCAUUCAUCAAGGAGCUGCUGUAGCAGAUGGCUGA